AUCAUCAUCAUCAUCGACAUGGAAAAGGUUCAAAACGAACAAAAAAAUCCUUUGAUUGAAACAUACGAUAACGAAAGAGAAAUUUGGUCCAUCAAGAAAGAAAAUUUUCAUUUCAAUUCCGUUUGUGUAUCAAUCGCCAUCGUUUAUUUACCGAUUCUGAAUCUUUUUGAAUUUAUUUGUUUGUGUGAGUGUGUGUGUGUGUGUGUGUGUGUGUGUGUCUGUGAAAAUUAUUUGCUUCAACAAUUUUUUUUUGUUUUGUUUUGUUUCGUCUCAAUCUGAAUAUUUUUAAAUUUCAAAAUGUCUCAACAAGAAAAUCAAUUGCGGAAAUUAUUAAAAGAAGCUGAACGUCUGAUUAAUGAUACAGAAAUGGAAACAUGUACACAAUGGAUUGAUCGUGAAGUGCAGCGAACAAAAAAAUUGAAAGAACAAAUCGAACGACAACAGAAUCAUUCAAGUAUUCCGGCAAAAUUAUUUAAUGAAGCACGUGAUACUGUCGAUGGGUUACAUCGUUUUAUUGAAAAUCUAAAAGAUUUCCGUUCAAAUAUGGCUAAAAAUGGACAUCAAGUUGUCAUUACUAAUGAUCACGAUGCAAGAGCUUCAGGCAUAUUGAAAAAUGCAUCAUAUUCAACGGAAUAUAAAUGUCCAUUCUAAGAAAUCGCUAAAAACGACUAAAAAAAAGACUCUCAAUUAGAUGUCCUUGUUUUUUUUCACUUGAAAAAAAACUGUCAUCAUCUUAUUAAUCCAGCAAUUUGAUCCAAGAUCAUUCCGAAUUUACAUGGAAAAAAACAAACAAACAUUCACACACACACACAUACACUUACAUACAUUUAUAUAUUUUUGGCU